UUUCAGCGCUCAAAAAAUUAAUUGCAUUUUACCGAUAACUGAAAUAGUUGCACUUAGACAUUGUCAUACCGGCAUAAGAUGGGUGGUUCCACUAUGAAAACGGCUAAAGUGUGGAAAUAUUUUAUCCAGCUACCGAGCGAAGAACAAGCUGCUGAGUGCAGAAUAUGUUGUAAGAGGAUUAAAGCAACGAAUAGCAGUACGACAGGUAUGAUUCGCCAUUUGCGUAGCUGUCAUUCCAGUGAAUACCAAAUAUUGCAAGCCGCACGACAAAAUAAUGCUACUUCAAAGCAAGAGAACGAAACUUUGAACAUCGGGCAGAAUAAUCCAACAAAGAAGUCAAGAGAUGUGGCAAGCCAUUCGGUCGCUAACAUUAUCGCUACUACAUUCGAUAUAAGGCGUAAGCAUUUGGAAAACAGUAUUCGCUAUAUAUAUGCAGAUAAUGGUCCCGAACAAAAGAAAGCAAAAUUUGAUGAGUGUUGCAAUGCCGUUGACUUGCGAUUGGAACCAAAAAACAGAAUAAAUCGCAAAGAACAAGCGGAAAAGACUAGGGUAGUGAGGGAAAAUUUGUGGCCGGAUGAUCAUCCGGAUGCGCAAAGGAUUUCGGAUCAGAUUGGGAUAAUGCUACUUCUGGAUAACGAGUCACCAGCAAUUAUUAGUCGCAUUGGCUUCCGGAAUUUACUUCGCUUUCUUCAACCUAGAUAUCAAAUUCCGUCAACGGAGCAGUUCCACAAAGUAAUCUUGCCAAGAUUAAUUGGUCAAUUGAGAUUUGAUGCUAUCUCUUUGCAGCACACUGGCUUCGUCAGCAGUCAGCAAAGUGAUUUGAACGCACGAUUGAGUAGUUUAACUACAAUAUUAUUGGCGAAGGAAUAUGAUGUUGGGAAUUUUAUUUCCAAUGAAAAUAAUCGUGAACAUGCAGCUUUUAAUUCUAUCUAUAGUGAACAGAAAGAGCUUGAACGUGUGGUAAUCAAUUCAAUUCUCUCUGCACAGAAUAUAUCGCAGAGUUUUUCUCACAGUAUUCAACUCUGUGACGAAGAUACUGAUUCAAGUGUUGAGUUUGAAACAACCUUGUCUGCUCGCAUUGAUUCCUUCAUGAAACGUAUCGGAGAAUGUAUCUUCCCUCAAGCGGAGUUGACGGAUCUUGUAACGCGAUGCUAUUAUGCAUGUCGACAUUUGGAAGAGCUUUCAGAUGAUGGACAGCACCAAUCACAGUUGAAUAUUCAUUCACCUUUGCGAAGCUCAGAUUUAGCAGAUUGUGUGGAAUAUGUUAACAAAAAUUUGGAACGAAUUCAUGAAGAACAUAAACGUUCUCCCAUCCCAAUGUUCAAACCUUUCACAGAUGACGAGACUCAGUUUCUCUCUGAUCUCAACAUGCACAUUCAUUCCAUGUAUUUGCGCUCGUAGCUUUAAUAUUUCAUGUACAUUCGAGGUCUGUUCAUCACAUUGUCCUUAUGAGAGUAGCUUUUGAGAAUUUGGGGAUAUUUAAUGACC